CGUUUCGAGGUUAUGUCUCAAACACGUGUUUAGAAGUAAACAAAUUUCUCUCAAAAAAUUAUUUGAAGGAGUUUCAAACAAUUCCCACGUCAAAUGGCACGCCAGGUUCGUAAGACGAUUUACGUACCUCAACUGUCCACUAAGGAAAAAUUAAAAUUAAUAAAAAAAGAUAAGAAACAGAAACUUAAGCAAAAACGAGCACGUUUGAUUGUGCGUAAUUUACCAUUUGAAGCAAAUGAAGAAACUUUGAGAAAGCACUUUGAAAAAUUUGGAGAAUUAGAAGAUGUGAAAAUCCUGAAGAAGGAAGACGGCAAGUUAGUAGGUUGCGGUUUUAUUCAGUAUAAGCUGGUUCAGAAAGCAGCCAAGGCCCGGCAUCAUUUAAAUGGCAAGCCAUUCAUGGGUCGUACAAUAAAUGUUGAUUUUGCUUUAAGUAGGGAAAAGUUUGAAAAUGCACAAAAAGUUAAAAUUAAACAAGAAAAUAAGGUAAAAAUUAAAGAGGAGUUAGUUUAUGCUGAUGAGAUCCAAGAAGCUGUGAUUGAAAUUAAAAGUAAAAGUGAAGAUAUUAAAGGUGACAAAGGUGAAGAAGACACAGAAAUAUCUGAUGAAGAGGGUGAGUCUGAAGACAAGGAUAUUGAAGAAUCAGACGAGGAGGAGGAAGAAGAAGAAAGCAGUGAUGAACCUUCUGUAAAGAAACCUAAAUUUGAAUCAAAUGAUGUGGUUGAAGGAAGAACUGUGUUUAUUAAAAAUGUACCAUUUUCAGCUACAAAUGAUGAUUUAAAAGAAUGUAUGAAACAGUUUGGGCCAAUUUAUUAUGCUCUUAUUUGUGUUGACAAGUUUACAGAACAUUCAAAGGGCACUGCUUUUGUCAAGUUUUGUAAUGCAGAAGAUGCUGAAAAAGCAUUAACUGCUGGAACUGAGUUAACUUUAUUAGGGAACGUUUUAGACUGCCAGCGUUCAUUAGCAGGGAAUGAAGUAAGAGAAAAAACUUCAGCUAAAAAACAAGAUAAGACUGUUACAAAGGAUUCGCGCAAUCUUUACUUAGUCAAAGAAGGAGUGAUUUUGGUUGGUAGUCAAGCAGCAGAAAAGGUAUCAGCUAGUGACAUGGCAAAACGUUUACAGUUAGAACAGUACAAAACUCAAAUGUUGAGAAACUUGAACAUGUUUGUGUCACGAGAACGCUUAAUAGUUCAUAAUUUACCAGCGAGUUGGGAUGACAAUAAAUUAAGAGAUCUAAUUAAAAAUAAUAGUCCAAAAAAUUCCUUUAUUAAAGAGGCGCGAGUAAUGAGGGAUAUGAGAACCGUGGAUGCCUCUGGAGUUGGUAAAUCAAAAGAAUUUGGUUUUGUAACAUUCGCAAAGCAUGAAGACGCGAUUGCAACGUUAAGAGCUCUCAAUAAUAAUCCAUACAUAUUUUCUGCACAUAGAAGGCCUAUUGUUGCCUUUUCUAUAGAAAACCGAGCAAUGGUAAAAGCCAAACAAAAGCGCUUGGAAAAGUCGAGAUUGAAUAAUCCUAAAUGUAAAAAUUUUGAUAUAAAUGUGAAAAAAACACAUGAUGAAAAGAAACAGAAAAGGUAGAAUGUUAACAAAACUACAAUCUACUGGACGUCAGAAUCAGAACCUCUGAUCAUUCUGUGCUGUGUGGGUACCGUGCGCAAUACAGUUAUAAUUGAAACGAUCAUAGCGCAAGCCCUGUUGCCGUUAAGUACCUUGAUCAUAGUUGCCACAUCACCAACAAAUUUUUUUUAUCGCAUCCCGAGUCCCAGAAUGACAGGUAUCUUUACGAACUUUUAUGAUAAAUUGAUGUAAAACUGAAGAUACUAGGGAGUACAACUUUUUUUUUUCAUUUUUGUUCACAUCAAGGCCUCAGCUGUUGUUUAUCAAAAAUAAUUAUAUCUCAUAAAAUUAUAACUAAUUGAUUUAUAUGUCCAUCGGUACGCGUUGUAUAGACUGUAUUAAAAUUAAUUAAAUUUA